AUGAAUGAAAGAGAGUUUAAGAAAAAGGGGGUGGAAGCAGAAAUAGUUAGAAAUGGUGAUAGAUACGAUGUGAGUUAUGUAGCGAGGCUUAUGAACGAAAGCGUGAGAAAUAGAGUUGAAGCAGAGAUGUCCAGAAUUAGUGAUGCAGUGUGCUCUAUGACGAGGCUUGUGAACGCGAGCGUAAGAAAUAGAGUUGAAGCAGAGACACGUAAAAUUGGUGAAAUAAUGUAUGUUAUGUCUAAUACGGUAGAAUAUGAGAUACUGAAAAUAGCAGGAACUCUCACAUUGUGGCAAAGAUUGAAAGUGAAAACGUAA